CUUCGUUACAUUGUGUACUACGCUUUCAUUACAUGCGUGUUGUGUAGAGGUGGGCAGUGUUGCGCUUGCGCUCCAAUUUCUUAAGAUGUCAACUGAACAGAACGCGCUGUUUGUCGCGUAUUUACUACGCUACGUCAGAAGGGUAUUCUUAAAUAGUGUGCUGAAAUGUGCAAAUGUGUCCAACUCUGAUAGUCAACUUCCGGCGUAGAAAUCUGGUACGCCCCUCCUCCAAUGGUAGCAUCGACAGACGUCGGGACAGUCAUGCAGUGAUAGCUCGAUGGCUCAUUAGAUGCUGUGUCCAGUUUACGGCCACGGUCGACCUCUUCCUCCAAUGGUUAUCCGCUUCUUAUUGCCGUUGCUGUUGCUGCUGGCUGUCCCCGCACACAGUCAUUUCUUCAGGCUGGAGACCCUCUCCAAUGCGUCCACUUACUAUUUUAAUUACAUUUACUGCAACAUUUGGGAGGGGGAGUGUCAGCCCCACCAGGACGAUGCGACGCAGCAAGGUUUGUGGACAGUUCCUACCAGGGACCUUUGGGCGGCGUUUCCCCAAGACUACAUUAGCCUGGUGUACCAUUGGUACUGCAGCCUGGGUCAGUGCUGUGAGUCUGGAGACUGCAGGGUGACCAACAACAUCACAGGCCUGGCUAGAGACCUCCAGACCAAGCUUCACGGUCAGCACCUGGCCCAGUCUGUGGUUCUGAAAGCCAUCCAGGGUUUUAUCAACAACCCGGAGUCCAACAAGCCCCUGACACUGUCCUUCCACGGCUGGUCCGGUACCGGAAAGAACUUUGUGGCCAGGAUUAUUGCAGAUAACCUUUAUCGUGACGGGGUAAAGAGCGAGUGUGUCCGCCUGUUCAUCGCCCCGUUCCACUUUCCACACGCUAGACUGGUGGACACGUACAAGGGUCAACUGAGAGAGGCAAUCCGGGACAUGGUUCUCCGUUGUUCCCAGACGCUGUUCAUCUUUGACGAGGCUGAAAAGCUCCACCCAGGCCUCAUCGAUGCCAUCAAGCCUUACAUGGACCACUAUGACAACGUGGAUGGCGUAAAUUAUCGAAAGGCCAUCUUCCUCUUCCUCAGUAAUAUUGGAGGAGCGACAAUCAACGAUGUAGCCUUGGACUUUUGGCACUCAGGGCAGAACCGAGAGGACAUCGGGAUGGAAGAUCUGGAACAUCGACUCAGAGCCGAAACCAUGGAGUCGCAAGGUGGAUUUGCCCAGAGUGAGCUAAUGUCGGGCCACCUCAUCGACUUCUUCGUCCCCUUCCUACCUCUGGAAUACCGUCACGUAAAGCUCUGCGCCCAGGACGCCUUCACGGCUCGAGGACUUGAGACAGACGACACCACCCUGGAUGAGGUGGCAAAGGCCAUGCUGUACAUUCCAAAAGAGGAGAGACUGUUCUCGGCCCAGGGAUGCAAGUCCAUACCUCAGCGGAUCAAUUUCUUUCUUCCUUAGAAGACAGACCUGGAGCGGGUGCGGUGGUUCAUGCCUUUACAGGUGCAACACGUGUCUGUCCAGGUCACAAAGAGCAGGUCACACAAGAGCACACUCUGUGUGGGGGAGAGCAAAGCACUAUUUGUUGUAGAGUGUCAAAGACGCGCAGACGGGCCACCUGGUCGUCAUGUGGCUACUCCUUUUAAGAUGAACACGUUUCACUCUAAACUCUGCAAAAGUCUUAGUUCUAUCAGAGCUGUCUGUUAUAUUGAUAUAAUAUAACAUCUCAUGGUGGCGUAAGACUUUUUGCACACACAUAGCCUAUCCACACUCUUCACCCAACUUUAUGUUGCACUAUCUUAAGGUCAUCUUUUAUUUAAGGGUUACUACUGACCGUUACUUUUUAGCAUCGUACACACUGUGCUUUUUGAAGUAGGAGCUUCUUGUCAAUGUUAAAUUACCUUUUGGUGUUCUGAAACAACUCUAAAGGGCACUGAAUUGUUACCAGGCACCUUUAAGAAUCAUUUAAGAAUAAUUAGUGCUUAAUCUAGAGCAGGGGUUUUCAAAAUGUCAUCUGCAGCACUUUGGGGAAAAAUAAAGAAAACGUUUUUCAAACCUGUUAAGAUAAUAUCAGUUGCAUGAAUUGAUUUUUACUUCCCAUGUUGAUUGUAAAUAUUUUAAAUGUUUACACUUUUAAUUGUUACAUUGUUCUGUACAAGUCCAGCGUUUACCCCACCUCUCACCCAAAGACAGCUGGGAUAGGCUCCAGCAUACCCACGACCUUAGCGAGGGCAAGCGGUACAGAAAAUGGAUGGUUGAACAUUGGAAAUUAAAAAUUAUAAAUGACACUCAUAAUGGUUUU